AUGCAAUCCAUGCAAAUAAAAGAAGAUAAAGAUGAUCAGCACGGGCAGGUUGAUUCUGCCUCUGCCCUCCAACAAUAUCUUGAUCUCAUAACUAUUACCUCAAUAUCUGGCAUAUACAAUUCACUUGUGUUGGAAAUAAAAGCUGGAGACACUAUAAGGGAUGCAAUUCAUAUGUUGUACGAAAAGGAAACCUUUGGUGCAGCCAUUGUUGAUGUUUUGGAUACUGAAACAUCCGAUGUAAGAUUUUCCGAUCGCUAUAUCGGUUUCAUUUCUUUUCCAAACAUCAUUCUUUGGUGUCUCGAGGAAUAUGAAAACAUAAAGGAAGAUGCCAAUGACAAUCACAGUCACCUUAAAGAUAUUGAGCAUGAUGACCUUUUCUCCAUCCUAGACCAGAUCCCUCAGAUUGGCCAAACCAAGGUUGGCGAGUUGGCUAAGUCAUUCCUCUGGGAACCAUUUUUUCCAGUACACUUGAAUGACACGAUUCUGCACGCAUUGUUACUUCUUUCUAAGCAUAGGCUGCAAGUUUUGCCUGUCAUACAACAACCAGAUGCCCCCCUCAUCGGUUUUGUUACCCAGAAUGCUCUAGUCGAACUACUUCUUCGAUCAAGCGAACUAGAGUGGUUUGAUAAUAUUGCAAACAAGAACUUGUCAGAUUUCCGAUUUGAAGGCCAAGAACAUCCAAGAUGUGUAUUUGGGAGCCAAUCUGUUGCAGAUGCUUUGAAGCUGCUAUGGCAGAACCAAACCUGUGCAGUCGCAGUCGUGGACCGACAAACCAAGAAGCUCAUUGGUAAUGUGAGGAACAGUGACAUUUAUAAUCUUGUAAAGAACAAUGAUCUCCUUAGAAAUAGAAGGAUUUUAACUGUUGAGGAAUUUCUUCGCACAGAAACCGACAUAACAUACGCUGAACCAAUCACUGAAAAUGAUCAUGGUGCUAAUCAAACUGCAGGAAAUCUCCGCCUGAAAAACAGCUCCAAUCAAACUGCAGGAAAUCUCCGCCUGAAAAACAGCUCCAAAUCCAGAAUGGAUUCACCCGUAAGCAACAAGGAAAAUGACACGCUGAAGCAAGUAAUGCAGCAAAUGGCAAAGACUAAUAGCAGUUUCAGUUUUCUGAUAAAUGGUAACCAGCAAGUUACUGGUUUAAUAACAGUGAGAGAUAUAAUUCUGCAAUUUGCACCUCCAUGUGUGAAUUCUAGUAUAGGUGGAGGUGGAUUUUUUGAAUUGGCUUUGGAGCAAAGUAAAUGUCAUAUUAGUAACGGAACUAUCAUUCGUAAUCGUUGAUCAAGGUAUGUAUAAUGUAUGAUCCAAUGCAUUUACUUAAAGAAAAGUGUGUAACAAGAGGCAUUCGAACAAGAAGAAAUUAUUCAUAAAUUAGGGCAUUCCCUACUGUAAAAAAUGACAGAACGAACGAUUUUCGUUGUUGGGUCAUGCUAACACAGCAUAGCACAUGUUUCUUCAUUCAUAGUUCCUUUAAGGAGUACAAUCAACUUACUACUUACAAUUUAGUGCAGUUUUCGCCGAGGAAAAAUCACA